CCCUGCGGCUCGGGAGCUGCUCCACGUCGGCUCCGCCGGGUGGAGCCAGGCUCCGACGGAGCCGGCGGGGUCUGCAGGACUUCCGGCUGGAUACGGCAGGCGUACCCCUCACAGAGCAGACAUGGCAGCCCAGAAGGACCAGCAGAAUGAUGCCGAAGCGGAAGGGCUGAGCGCCACGACCCUGCUGCCGAAGCUGAUUCCCUCUGGCGUAGGCCGGGAGUGGCUGGAGCGGCGACGGGCGACCAUCCGGCCCUGGGGAGCCUUUGUGGACCAGCAGCGCUUCUCACGACCCCGCAACCUGGGCGAAUUGUGCCAGCGCCUGGUACGAAACGUGGAAUACUACCAGAGCAACUAUGUGUUCGUGUUCCUGGGCCUCAUCCUGUACUGCGUGGUGACAUCUCCCAUGCUGCUAGUCGCUCUGGCUGUCUUCUUCGGCGCCUGUUACAUUCUCUAUCUGCGCACACUGCAAUCCAAGCUUGUGCUCUUUGGCCGAGAGGUGAGCCCGGCCCAUCAGUAUGCUCUGGCUGGAGGGAUCUCCUUCCCGUUCUUCUGGCUGGCUGGUGCAGGCUCAGCUGUCUUCUGGGUCCUGGGUGCCACUCUGGUGGUCAUUGGCUCCCACGCUGCCUUCCACCAGAUCGAGGCCGCAGAAGGGGAGGAGCUGCAGAUGGAGCCUGUGUGAGGUAUCUGCAGCAACCUGUUGGUCUCCUGGGCCAGUCACCAAUCCCUGUCCACCCCUGUCCUGCACCUCCGUGCUGCUCGGGCCAGAAGCACCCGUCUCCUCACAAGUCCAAAGAGGAGCUCCACCUUUAGAAAUAAAGCCGUUACAGUUGCCAUUCAGUAAA